AUGACAUCUUCUCCAAGGGAACAGGAGGGAAUCGAUGAGCAGCCAGCAGAAGGUGCACCGGCAGAUCACAGUGGUGUCCAAGAAAGCAAAACUAGUCUUCCAAAGGAAUCACCAACUGCAGAGGAACAGGAGGAAGAAGUGGAAAAGAAAAUCUCCGAAACUUUCUUCUAUAACUAUGAAAAUAUAUAUUCACAGCCUUUUGUCACUGAAGACUCUGGGAUACCAAUUAACCUUCUUACUCUUAAACAUUCUUUUGGAUAUGACUGCACCAGAAGUGUAAACCUGCUGCCGAUGGAUAGCCAAACACUGUUGUAUAUAGCAGGCAACCAAGUGGUGCUCCUGGACCUGAAAACAAAAUCUCAAAGUUAUCUCCGGAGCAGCAGUGGUGGUGGAAUUGGAUUUAUCGUGGCACACCCUACUAAGCAGUACUUUGCAGUAGGAGAAAAAGGAAAGAAGCCAAACAUCAUAAUCUACGAUUAUCCUUCACUGAGGCCCUACAGAAUACUGCAAGGUGGAACAGAGGAAGCCUAUGUUUUUGGUGAUUUCAACCAUGCUGGCACUUUGCUGGCCAGUGUUGGGGGCAGCCCUGACUACAUGCUGACUAUCUGGGACUGGAAACAAGAAAAGAUUGUGCUGAGGUCAAAAGCUUUUUCACAGGAUGUUUACAAGGUCACAUUUUCUGCUGAUAAUGAAGAGCAACUAACUACAUCUGGAACAGGACACAUCAGGUUCUGGAAGAUGGCUCUCACAUUCACUGGUCUCAAGUUACAAGGAGCUUUGGGCAGAUUUGGAAAAACAGCAGUGACUGACAUUAUAGGUUAUGUGGAGCUGCCUGAUGGGAAGGUUAUCUCAGGGACUGAGUGGGGCAACUUGCUGCUUUGGGAAGGGGGCCUCAUUAAAGUAGAGCUCUGUCGAGCUGGACACAAGCCCUGUCACAGUGGCCCUGUCAGCCAGUUAGUUCUGGAUGAAGGAGAACUUGUCACUGUUGGAAAAGAUGGCUUCAUUCGGGUGUGGAACUUUGAGACAAUAGAUGCUGCUGAUUCUGUGGAUGACACAGGGUUACUGGAGGUGGAGCCUAUGAAUGAACUUCAUGUUGGCAGAAAUGUCAGUCUAAAUUUCAUGUCAAAAGUUCAUGACUGUGGACAGCCCGUUUGGUACGCUCAGGAUACCAAUGGAGCAAUCUGGAAGCUGGAUUUGACUUUUUCAAAUAUGAGCCGUGAUCCAGAGUGCCUAUAUACCUUUCACUCUGGAAGAAUUGAAGCCAUGAGUGUCUCUCCCAUUACUUACCUUCUGGCCACCACCGCUCUUGACCGCGUGAAGGAAAGGAUGUUCAGGUGUUCGAGGAAGAUGUUAUAUGUCACCCAGGCCAAGUGGGUGGCUACCCUGUGGUUUUACCUGUGUGACCACAGAGAGGACAUGAGGAGGUGGGAUGGAACAUCUACCUCGACCCUAGAGGCACAGGGUCGAAGAACAUCAGGUGCCAAUCACUACCACAACGAUGCACUGGUGGCAAUAUCGCACCAACCGAGACUCCCUGAUCCCAUCCAUAAGCUGAUUCAUCAACUGGAGAGCCAAGAAGUGAUCAGCAAGACUUGCUCACCCUUUAAGAGUCCCAUAAGGCCAGUGCAAAAGUCUAACGAAGAGUGGAGACUGACAGUAGACUAUCGUGGCCUGAAUGAAGUCACGUCGCCACUGAGUGCUGCCGUGCCAGACAUACUAGAACUUCAAUACGAACUGGAGUCAAAGGCAGCCAAGUGGUAUGCCACAACUGACAUCGCUAAUGCGUUUUUCUCAAUCCCUUUGGCUGCGGAGUGCAGGCCACAGUUUGCUUUCACUUGGAGGGGUGUCCAGUAUGCCUGGAAUCAACUGCCCCGGGGGUGGAAACACAGCCCUACCAUUUGCCAUGACCGUUCCAGACUGCACUGGAACAGGGUGAAGCUCUGGAACACCUGCAAUACAUUGAUGACAUCAUCGUGUGGGACAACAGAGCAGAGAGGCUUUUGA